CCUCCCAAAUAUCCGCAUAUUAUGCCCAGCGAGGUAAAAAAGACAAAUGAAGAUUCUAGAAUGCAAAAGGAUGAUAACAAGUUAAAUGGUUUAGAUAAAAUUUCGAAUUUUGACAAACAAACUACGAAGCAAAAGGAUAAAUACAAGUUGGAUAUCCAAGGAUUUUCUAUUUGGAUGCCUUCACCUCGUAUUAUCUUUAUAUCAACAUUCUUAUGCGCUCCGUUUAUCCUUUUCACUGUGAUGAUUAUUUGCUAUUACUGGACAUGAAAUGGAUGGAGGGUUUU